AUGUCGGGCAGCACCAUGGCCGGCUCCUGGUUGGGAAAGCCGGGCCGCAUGAACUACGACAAGGAGGACCACGCCUCCCGGGCGACGACGGGUGGGGCAUUGCUCGAGCCAGAGGCGGCGAGUAAUGGCGCGCUGCUGCAGGCGGAAGCAGAAGGCGCAUUGCUGCUCUCCGGGUUGACCGUCGCAAUUGUGGUUCUGGUUGCCUUCUUGCUGACUGGCCGCCGCUCCAGGCCACCGCUGCGGAUGCCGCGGAUUCGCAGCAAAAAGGUUGCCUCUAGCGAGCACGCUCCCCUGUGCAUCCUCACCCUGGACGGCGGAGGCAUGAAGGGGCUUGUGCUGGCCACGCUGCUGGAGGCGAUAGAGGAGCGGACGGGCAUACCAAUCGGCGGUCUCUUUGACCUGGUGGUGGGCACGAGCACGGGCGGCGUGGCCGCAAUACAUGUGGCAUUCGCCUCUGCCCUAGGGGAGGGUUGCAGGGAUUACCGUGCCAGCCUCGAGCGCGUGAGGAAGGUGCUUGAGCAGCGGAGCAAAACAAACCUGCUGGUGACGGGGCACGAGUGCACGACGGUCGUGACCGCGUUCCACGAGGGUGGAGGGUGGCAGCCCUUCUUGGUGCGCAACUAUGAGCUCCCCUAUUCCAGUGGCGAGACGUCCGCUCCGAGAAGCCCUCGCUCCUACGCCAAUCCCGGAGCGAUCGACGGGGAGUCGGACUGGCCUAUCGAGGAUCUUGUCCUCGCCACGACAGCGGCGCCGGGCCUCUUCCCUCCCGUCGAGCGAGGAGGGAAGGUGUUUGUGGAUGGCGCUGUGGUAGCGAACAACCCGACGAAGCUCGCUAUCCGCGAGGCGCGACGCCGCUGGCCUGGCCGGCGGAUCGGCAUCAUCGUGAGCCUUGGGACGGGGCAGAUGCGUCAGGCACAGGCGCCGAUUGCGAGGACGUCGAGCCCAGCCUCGUACUGGAUUCCGGCCAUGCUCGACAUGGCCUUCGACAGCAACCGCACGCACGCCGACGUGCACGACACACUCCUGCCAGCGAUAGCCAACGAGUGCGGCCACCCUUUCUACUUUCGGAUCCAGCCCACGAUUGAAGACGCUACGAUGGUGACGACGAUCCCGAGGAAGCUCGCCGCGCUGCAGCAGCAGACGCGCGCGUUUGCCAAGUCGAUGUCGCACGACCUCGACAAGAUCGCCGCGUAUCUCCUCCUCGCCGCGGCGAGGCCGGCCUUCCUCCCCACCCCUGCUGGGGCGGCCGAGGCGGAGCGCUUGUGCGGCGACCAUUGCUGCCACUGGGAGACGCUGAAGGGCUUGGCGGCGCUGCGCGCGAGGUGCUCGGCCACGCCCCCAGGCUGA